AUGUGCCUGACUCUGUUCCUGGCUUGGUGCUGCUGCUGCUGCGGGUGCUUUUGGGGCUGUGCCUUCGGGACGGGAUUUCUCUACCAGUUCCCCGCCUCGGCCCUGCAACACAACUACCCGGAGCAGAGCUCCGCAGGGCCCUCCGGCAACGGCUUUCCCAAUCGGCGGCACUGGUGUCACUAUACAGUCACCCGGACAGUUUCCUGCCAGGUGCAGAACGGCUCUGAGACGGUGAUCCAGAGGGUUUAUCAAAGCUGCCGGUGGCCAGGACCUUGCGCCAACUUAGUGAGUUACAGGACCCUCAUCAGACCCACAUACAAGAUCUCCUACAGAACGGUGACUGCCCUGGAAUGGCGCUGCUGUCCUGGGUUCACUGGAAGCAACUGCGAGGAAGAAUGUAUGAAUUGCACAAGACUCACGGAUAUGGCCGAGAGGUUGAGCACACUUGAAGCAAAGAUUCUCUUGCUUGAGGCUGCUGAUCGUGCCCCGCCUUCUGAGAAUGACUUGCCAAUGGCGAGGACAACUGCCACGUGGUAUGAUGAAUUGCUGCCAGAUGCCAUUCCGUUGGCCAACCCAGGGACCGUACUCCGGAAGCCGAUGGGAGCUGUAGGGUUACCUGGACCAGCUGGGAAACCAGGAGCCCAAGGCCCAAAAGGUGAAAAGGGAGAAGUUGGUGACCGAGGGCCAGCAGGACCACCUGGGCUUCUUGGACCUCCAGGACCCAGGGGCUACCCAGGUGAAACUGGAAUUCCAGGUCCCCCCGGACCACCCGGACCACCGGCAUCAUCAAGCCUCCCAUUAACAUUUCAGCAAGGGGUUCUGUACUCGCUCCAGCCUACAGCGGAAAAAGAAAAUGGAGAACCUCAGCUAGCAUCCACAGUCAUUGAUACUGUCCUGGCUGGUUUGCCUGGACCACGUGGUGCUCCUGGCCCUAUUGGACCCCCAGGCCCUCCAGGAUCAUCGGGUCCCAAGGGAGAACCAGGAACAGUGGGGCUGGCUGGAGAAAGAGGAGUAAAGGGCUUUCCUGGUGAUCCUGGCAAGAAAGGUGAAGAAGGAGACAAAGGUGCUGAUGGUGAAGGAGUCCAGCAGCUUCGAGAAGCCCUGAAGAUUUUAGCUGAGAGGGUGUUGAUUUUAGAGCAUAUGAUAGGAAUUCAUGAUUCUUUAUCUUCCGUUGAACCAGGAUCAGGCCAAGAUGCAAUCCUGGGCGCCCCGCAGCGAGCAAACGUGAAAAUCAAACGGCAUUAUGCAAACCAGCUCCUCUCUUCACUGCUGGAUGGCAGCGAGACCAAAGGAAGAAGCAACAGAAGCAAAUAG